AUGAUUUCCAAAAAAAAGUCUACAUUUAAAAUUCUAGUUAUAAUACAUAACAAAUUGAGAAAAAUUAUAUUAAAGCAAUCAGUUAUUACAAAGGAAUCAAAUUUGUACGAAGAAGAUAUUGAAGAUGAGGAAUCAACCGAUGAAGAUGAAGGCUCACAGUCAACAGAUGAAGAGGAAGCAAAAGUACUACCGAAUUGGGAUAAAUUUCAAGAUGUUCAUCAAGAAAGUGUUAGCAUAUCGAUGGCAGAUACAUCAAUCAUCGAUGCAUCCUUUCAAAUCAUUAAAAUAUUUGCGUAUAUUAUAACAUUCAGUUUGGUUCUCGGUGGAGCAGUUCUUGCCAAGUCUAUUGUUUUGUUGAUGACAUCCCAACUCACUCCCAAUAGGAUGGUGUCGGUACAAAUGGGAAGUUUACUUUUAGGAUUGAAAUUGCCACUGGAAGAAAAGUAUUUAUGGAUUUGGGCAAUAUUUGUUUCGCUGUUGAUACCCGAAAUAGGCACAUUUUUUAGAUCCGUAAGAAUAGCUAUUUUUAAAGGAUAUGUCGAUCCUAUUUCUGUAAAAUAUAUUAUCAUUGUUACAACCGUAAUGGAAACAUUACACGCUUUUGGUUUGGCAUUAUUUGUUUUCGGAGUACUUCCUUACAUAGAUGUUGCAAAAGGAGUCAUGUUGACUAAUUGUGUGUGUGUGGUCCCGGGAUUUUUAAGUCUUAUACCAAGUAAUGCCAUCCUUCAUCCAAAAAAAUUUAAACUUAUUGGAAAUGUAUUCGCUCUUAUUUUUCAAGUCAGCGGUUUAAUUACUUGGCCUUUGGUUUUUGGUGGUAGCAGUCAAUUAUGGCUCAUUCCGAUUUCUUUGUUAUUAAUGUCUUGCAGUUGGUGGAUGAAUUUUGUUUCUGAGGAAUCUCCUUUAGGAUUCAUAAGAUUUUUAGCACAAAUCAAAGAAAUACUUCAAGAGAAAAAAGUUUUUUUGUACAAGAUUUAUAUAGGAAUAUCAAUAUGGAAAUAUUUAAUAUUUUUUAUAUCAAGUCUUUUUGUUUUACAUUUUAACGAUUAUGAUAUUAUGGAUUUUUUUCAAAAAACUUCAGAAGCAUUUAGUGAAAGAACAAUGAUGGCCUACGAGGAAUCAAAAUUAAAAUGUUUUUUGUUUAAGGUAGAAAUUUCGAGUCAAGUUUUAACGGGUAGCAAAUAUCCGGUUCCAUCGAUCGGAAAUAAAAUUUGGUGGAUUGUAGGAGCGCAAGUCAUUUCUGCUUACAUCUGCUAUGUCUUCGGAAAAUUUGCCUGCCGAGUUAUGAUUCAACCGUUUAGUUUUGCUUUACCUUGUGCCCUUGUUGUACCUGCGACUGUGAUCCUGAUAGUUGUCUCAACAGAAUUUAAAAAUGAAAAUUCUUCCGUUUUCUCAAGUUUUCUACCAAAUUAUAUUUUUUUCAAUUCUCCACAAAUUUACAAUGCAAAAAAAUUUUUCUUUAAUGAGUUUGCUAUUCUUUGGAUUUUUUGGGUCAUGUCUCAAAUAUGGAUUACAUUUCAUAUUUGGAUGCCACGAUGUGAACGUUUAUCAAAGACUGAAAAACUUUUUGCAAUUCCAAUGUAUUCAGCUUUUCUUGUAGAUCAAUCAAUAGCUCUGAAUAGAAGAAGAGAUGAAUUUGAAGCGGUUGGUAAAAAGGAAGUAAUGCCUCCACAUAUAAUAGCUUGUGCUACUAUGUGGCACGAAACGCGAACGGAAAUGUUAGAAAUGUUAAAAUCUCUUUUAAGAAUGGAUAAUGAUCAAUGUUUGAAAAUGAGCGCUAAAAAUACAAUUAUCGAUGAUCCGGAAGCGGAAGCAAAUUUUUACACUUACGAGGCCCACGUUUUUUUUGACGAUGCUUUCGAAAUUGAAAACGAAGAAAGUGCUAGAACCGUCGUUAACGGAUUUGUAAAAGACUUUUUAAAAAUUGUUAAAAAAGCAACUAAAAAUGUUUACGGGACCGAUGAUAUUUGGAUCAAACCCCCACUAAAAUAUUCCACACCUUAUGGAGGUAGAUUAGAAUACACAAUGCCGGGAGAUAAUAAACUUUAUGUUCACUUGAAAGAUAAAGAUAAAAUUCGUCAUAAAAAACGAUGGAGUCAAGUCAUGUACAUGUAUUAUCUUUUGGGUUACAAAUUAAUGGAAUUGCCUAUACCAUAUGAAAAAAAAAUGGAAAAAGCAGAAAACACAUUUUUAUUGGCAUUAGAUGGUGAUAUUGAUUUUAAACCCGAUGCUGUUUUACUUUUAGUAGAUUUGAUGAAAAAAAAUAAAGGCUUGGGAGCUGCUUGUGGAAGAAUUCAUCCCGUGGGUUCAGGUUUUAUGGUUUGGUAUCAAAUGUUUGAAUAUGCCAUCGGACAUUGGCUUCAAAAAGCUACGGAACACAUGAUUGGUUGCGUUUUGUGCAGUCCCGGUUGCUUUUCACUUUUUCGUGGUAAAGCAUUAAUGAGUUCUAAUGUUAUUAAAAGGUACACGACGAAAGCCGAAGAAGCAAGACAUUACGUUCAGUACGAUCAAGGGGAAGAUCGCUGGCUCUGCACUCUUCUUCUUCAAAGAGGUUAUCGUGUGGAAUAUUCUGCAGCCAGCGAUGCUUACACACAUUGUCCGGAAUCUUUUAAUGAAUUCUACACUCAAAGAAGACGUUGGAUUCCUUCAACUUUAGCUAAUCUAUUAGAUUUACUCAACAGUUAUAAGCGCACCAUUCAAAUUAACAAUGAUAUUUCACUCCCUUACAUUGCAUAUCAGAUGUUAUUACUUGUCGGUACCGUUCUCGGACCAGGCACGAUUUUACUCAUGCUUGUCGGAGCUUUUAAUACAGCAUUUAAAAUUGACAACUGGACGGCUCUGUAUUACAAUUUAAUACCUAUUUUCGUUUUCAUACUUUGUUGUUUAUUCACAUCGGGAAAAUUUCAAUUAAUAACUGCUUUGGUCAUAAGUUUGGGGUACGGUCUUAUCAUGAUGGCUGUUUUAGUUGGAGUUAUUAUGGAAAUCAAAGACGACGGUUUUCUAUCACCUUCUUCAUUAUUUUUAUUCACGACAGUUGCUGAAAUUGCAAUAGCUGGCAUAAUGCAUCCUCAAGAAAUAUUAUGCUUAUUGAGUGGAGUUAUUUAUUAUGUCACCAUACCCAGCAUGUAUUUGCUUCUGAUCAUUUAUUCUGUGUGUAAUUUAAACGUGGUUUCAUGGGGAACCAGAGAAGUAGCAAAAAAGAAAACCAAAACUGAUUUAGAGAAUGAAAAAAGAGAAACAGAAUUAGCAGAAAAAAAAGCUCAAAAAAUUAAACUUUUCGGUUUGCUCGAUAGUUUUCAAAGUAGACAAGAAAAAGAAGUGUCGGGAGCUUUGGAAUUUUCUUUAUCAAAUGUAUUUAAAUGCAUGUGUUGCACGAAUGAAAAGCCCAAUUCGACAACCGAUCAAUAUAUUAAAAUUGGUGAAACUUUGAAUGGUUUAAAGAAAAAAAUCGAUGAUAUAGAAAGGAGCGUUCAAAUACAGCAAAAUUUAGAAUCAAAUCAAUUUAAUCAAUCCAUGUCAUCGACGGUUAAUGAAACAGGAUGGUUAAAUUUAGAUACAAACAACGAAGAAUAUUUAGAUAAAAAUAUUUUGGUUAAAGGAUCCGAAGGUGUUGACGAAGAAGAAUUGAGAGAUGAUUUAUUUAAUCCUUAUUGGAUAGAAGACAAAGAUCUUAGAAAAUCAAAAUUUGAAGUUUUAAGUUCGCAAGAAAUAACAUUUUGGAGUCAAUUAAUUAAAAAUUAUUUAAAACCUUUGGUUGAAGACAAAGAAAAACAGGCUGAAUUGAAAAAAAAUUUACGCGAACUCCGAGACAAAGUUGUGGUUACCUUUUUCAUGUUGAAUGCUCUCUAUGUAGUCGUUGUUUUUCUCCUUCAAGUAAAUAAAGAUCAAAUUCAUAUAAAAUGGCCACUCGAAGCAAAAGCAAACAUCACAUUUAAUCCUGUCACUUACGAAAUCACGAUAACGAAAACUUAUCUUAAAUUGGAACCUGUCGGAUUAAUAUUCAUAUCAUUUUUUGCAUCACUUUUGGUUAUACAAUUUGGUGCAAUGCUUCUUCACAGAUUCGAAACCAUGUGUCAUUUGCUUUCGAACACUCCUCUAACUAUACUAAAAAAGAAAAAAGCUAUGACCUUUAGAGAAAAAUUAGAACAUGCAAGAAAACAAUUCAACAAGCAAAAUGUUAAAACGAGCACAGAAAUGAAAAACGAACACGAUGAAACUUUAUUGACGUCACAGGAAAAUCCUGCAAUUGAAAAAAGAAAAUCUCGAGCAAUUCAACCGGAUAAAUUGUUUAAUAGUAUAUUUCAACAAAUGAAGGCAGAGGAAGAAAGAGAAACGGCUGAAAGAGAAGAAAGAAGAAAAUCAAGCGUUUUCCCAUGGAAAAGAAACAGCGUUAUGGAAAACAGAAUUCCAAAAAGAAUGACGGUUGUAAGAAUCCUUGUUUCCUAA